GUAUGAUCUCUGAAUAAGGAAGUUGAGACGGGUCUUCACGAAUUGUUUUUGUUUGUUUUGUUUUUUGCUUUGAAACGCGAUUUGUACAGAAAUUAUCAAGAGUAGUAAGUGGAUCUCAGUCAGUAUGAGUUUCUCUCUACAGGCGUUACGUGUCUUCUAAAGUCAUUUUCAAACUGUGCAGAUUUCUGUCAGUUCAGAAAUCAGUUGAGCGACUGAGAUUCGGAGCGGAACAGUUCAGCUCAGCUUUUUUCACUCAGAUUUUAUUCAAACCUUUUUUUAACUAAUCGACAUGAGGAUAUUAAUUGUUUCAUUAUGCCUUUUAUUACUCCACAUACACGGAGUGUCUGGCGCUGGGACAGAUGCAAUAGAAAACGUUUUAGUGAUGGAGGGAGAUUCUGCCACUCUACAUGCUGGUGAAACACAGGCAGAAGAUUUGAAAGUGUGGACCUUUGGACCUGAUGAAACUAUCAUAGCUAGGAACUCCGAAAUUAAGAUGUUUAAAGACAGAUUGCUCGUGGACCAAUCGACUGGAUCUCUUACCAUCGAGAACAUCACAGCUAAUUUUUCAGGAAUAUAUAAAUUAGAAAUUGUUAAGAAGAACUUAUACAAGAAUUUUAAUGUCACGGUCUAUGGUUCUUUGUGGCGAAAGAAGGCUCUUCAGAUUAUAAAAAGGAAGGGAGCGUUGAGGAUCGGACAUGUUACAUGGCUGGCGGGCCAGGAUGCUGGGCCUUCUAGUCCCUUCAAGUGCCGUGGGUCAAGGUGGACGAAGCCGCUGGAAGGUGCCGCCGCCCCUCGUGCCCCGGAGCGAAGAGGGGAGCGUGUGCGGCCGCCAGACUCUGCCCCUUACCUGGACCCUUCCUUCCCAAACACUGGCCCACCUUCACGAACCCCACAGCAUGACAAAGACACCAGAUUCCCUAUUCAUGUUGAACACUUUAUUCCCUUUUCUGGACACUGUUUUUUUUCUGUUAAUAAAAGCCUCUCAGAGGCCUGACACCACCCCCACUGUGUCCGUCAUUUGCUCCUCUCACCACAAUAUUCUGUCAACUCCUGUUACAAUCAUGUAAAUUUGGUACAGUCUACAUGCUAUCAAUGCAGGUUCAUUCACCUGGAACAAUAUUGUAAACUCAAAAGGAUGAUUUAGACAACUUUAUAACUUAAAAAUCUUUGAGUUAUAUUAUGCUAAAAAAAAAAUAUGCUAAUAGAUUUACCACAUCAAUGUCCAGUGCUUUGUUAUUUUUAAACAUGUCAAACUACUA